GGAAGAAGUACAUGCUUCUGUUCCUGUCGUUUCUUAUGUCCUGAAACGCCCCAACAUUGUCUUCAUAGUUGCAGAUGAUUUAGGAUGGAACGAUGUUGGUUUCCGAAACGCAAACAUGAAGACUCCGAACAUUGACAAACUGGCUACAGAGGGGAUCAUCUUUGAGAACGCCUAUGUCCAGCCUUAUUGCAGCCCGUCUCGCACAGCCUUCAUGAGUGGAAUGUUUCCAUUCAAGGUGGGCAUGCAGCACGCAGUUCUGAUCGAUAGUCAGGCCUCAUGUGUGCCUCUCAACUACACCUUCCUGCCACAAGAGUUGAAGAAACUCGGAUACGCCACCCAUAUGGUCGGCAAGUAUGUCCCGCAAGCGCACUAUAAUACAGUUUUUGUAGCGUACGAUAUUGGCUUUCUGAUUUAUACAUUCGCUCAGAAAGCUGUUUACAUCAUCAACCAACACGAAGUCUCCCAGCCCCCGUUUAUGUACCUACCCUAUCAGAAUGUACAUGCUCCUAUUGAGGAAAUAUGUGAAGCAGUUGGGAACGUCACAAAGGCACUUAAGGAGAAGGGGUUGUUUGAAAACACACUCAUUCUGUUUACAACUGAUAAUGGCGGUCCUCUUGGAAAUAAUGCCAACAACUGGCCCCUGAGAGGGGGGAAGCACACAAUCUGGGAGGGAGGCACGAGGGGGACAUCCUUCAUGUAUGGCACCGGGCUGAAGAAAACCAAGACAACCUAUAAUGGAAUGAUUCAUGCUGUAGACUGGAAUCCCACCUUGGUGUCAGCAGCUGGUGGCACUCCUGAGGCGUCAAUCGAUGGUACAACCCACUGGGAAUCUAUCAGGAAUGGCCUUCCGUCGUCAAGAACCGAGUUCAUAUACAAUAUUGACGACUUUGAACCUGCAUUGGAAGGACAUGCUGCAAUAAGGGUUGGUGACUACAAGCUGAUACUGGGCUACCCAGGGGAACUGAUGGCUGGCACAAGCCUAGGAACACUACACGGGGGAUAAAUAUGAGACCACCAUAUAUUAUAAGGGCGAUAGCCCAGUGCAGCUGUACAACAUACGCGGGUGAAGAACAGAAAUAUUUAUGUACUAAUGUAUGGAAUUUAUUUUCUAACAAUUUGUACAAUUUUAAGGAAGAGUCACCCUGCUUUACAUUGAUAGGCAUAAGAAAAGUUUUAUCCAAAAACAUGUCCCCAUCAAUAUACACGCCAUCUCUGCAUAUACACAAGAACGUCACUUUAUAAAUAUUUCCU